AUGGCAUCCACGUCAGCGCGCUAUCGUGGCGUGGCGGGUAGUGGCCUACCCUCCUUAGAUCCCUAUCCCGACGCGCCCGAUGCGUACUUUACUUCCGUUCAGGAGCCGCCGCCUCUGCCGGGGAGUGAUGGAGAUAGUAGUAGCGAGGAUGAAGACGAAGCGGCGGGAGUGGCGAGGAGGCGGAGAGAGCGGGAGAGAAGGAAGGAGGAGAGGGAGAGGAGGGAGAAGAAGGGGCAGGAAGGCGGGGCGGAAGGGGCGACGGCGGAUGAGGGGAGCGGGGAAGGGGGGGGCGAGAAGCCGGAGGGCGUUACGUAUGAGGAAACUAGGGUUGGAGCAGAAAGGGGUGAAGGAGGGGAGAAAAUAAUUGUAGCAACAGCAACAGCAACAGCAGCAGCAGCAGCAGCAGCAGCAGCAGCAGCAGCAGCAGCAGCAGCAGCAGCAGCAGCAGCAACCGCACCAAUGACAUUAGCAGCUGCAGCACGAGACAGCCAGUCAGUAGACAUCUCGGUCGGGGUCCGGGAACUCCCGAGCCUGGCCCCGAACCUCCCGCCGUGGCUCGGCACCCCGCUGAUGGCCGAGGCAGCGGGAGGUUCGGCCGCGGCGGCGGCGGCGGCGGCGGCGGAGUGCGCGUCCCCCGACAUUGGUCGGUGGCGGGAGACGCGGAUUAAGGAGAAACAGCGCGCCGGCGGCGGGCUGGGGGGGGGGCUAGUAGCGGGGAUGAGUGAGGAGAGAAAGCAGAGCGAGGUGGGAAACAAGAUUGGAGCUUCAGCCGCAGAAGCAGCAGCAGCAGCAGCAGCAGCAGCAGCAGCAGCAGCAGCAGCAGCAGCAGCAGCAGCAGCAGCAGCAGCAGCAGCAGCAGCAGCAGCAGCAGCAGCAGCAGCAGUCACAACAGUCACAGCAGUCGAGUAUCUGGAGCCGCUUCUCUGGGCGAGCGCCUUCCCCGUCCCGCAUGCUGCGCCGAGCUCUCACUCCCCCUCGUUCCGCCCGCACCCCCCCGCGCUCCUCCCCCACUCCCCCCCGUUCCACCCCCACGCCCCCCCGCUCCCCAACGCCCCCUCACUCCCCCACCGCCCCCCGCUCCCAGACCCUUCCCUUCCCCGUAACGCCCCCAAGCCUAUGCCUUCCGAGCCUUUGCCUUCCGAGCCUAUGUCUUCCGAGCCUUUGCCUUCCGAGCCAUUGCUUUCCGAGCCUUUUGAGCCAUCGCAAACCUCUGCUACGUCCGCUCUGCCACGCGACCCCACACUCGCGCCCACUCCCUCUCUCUCCACCAACCCGCCUUCCGCUGACCCUCGUUCCGCUCACCCUCCUGCUCUUAGCAUCCCUACUGAUGGAGUUUCGCCUGUAGCUGAGUCCUCUCACGCAGCUGGUACAGCUGCAUCUGUAGCGGCUGUAGCAGCUUCCAGCCAAUCAGCAGCGACAGCCUCUGAUAGGGCCCAUCCACUUGGCACUCCAGUCUCGCCACGUCAGCCGCAAGCCAAGGAGGACUACCCAGCCCCUCCUCCUUCCGAACCUGAGUCCGAACCUGUUUCCGAACCUCCAUCCGAACCAGCUUCGGAACACCCUUCCGAGCCUGUUUCCGAGCCUGCAAUGGGGUCAGGCAGGGGGGAGAAAGAGUACCACCCACGUAUUCCCAAAUCAGACAGUAAUGAUGGGAGAAGAGGGGUUUUAGUGACUAUAAAGGGCCCUCCGUUUCCUGUUUUUUGCACUACUGGGGAUACUGUAGAUUCGCCUGAUUAUGACGCAGCCGAUGCUAACACAGGUUUCACAGCAGCAUCGGGGAAUUCUGGUCCGGUAUCAGGCUCGGCGGAAGGUCCGGCAGAUGGCUCGGGUGGAGCAGGGAGAGCUCGAAGGAGGUUCGGUGUUUUCCGAAGCGCGUCGACGACUGGUUCGGCAACGGGAGGAGGAGGCGAGUUUCGAGAGUAUAAGACCUUUAAGGAGCAUCUUAUGGACAAGCACAAAUCGCAGCAGAAAGAGCCGCGCGAUAAGGGGGAUAAGGAGCAGAAGGAGAAAAGGGAGAAAAGGGAGAAGAAGGAGAAGAAAGCAGAGGAAAGUCAUAGCAGAGGAGAAGGGCAGCCUCGGGAGCCCAGGGAGAAAAAAGUCCUAGGUCUUGGGCUAGGCCUUGGCCUCCCAUCGCUCUCCACCUCGCCUUCCCCCUCCCCAUCCACCCCCUCAUACCCCUCCUCUUUAUCACACUCUUCCGAUUCGCGCCUCCCUCUCACGCCGCCCACACGAUCCCCCAUCCGUUCCCCGAUCUCACACUCCUCCCCUCUCUCCGCGUCCACCACUCCCGGGCGACACAGCCACCUCAGCACAGGCACCAGCAGCAGCAGCCACAGCCCAAACAGUGGCUCGGGAUCAGGUUCAGCGUCAGGUUCGGGAACAGGCUCGUUCCAGUUUAUCAACCAGUCGAUAGGUGCGGCCCAGCGUGCUCACAGGCUGGCGGCUCACUCCAUCCGCGUUAUAGGGCCCAAGAGGCUGGCCGCUGCUGUUGCAGCUGCCAAGCAGAAGCAGCAUCAGCAGGAGCGUGAGCAGGAACAGGGGCAGGGAAAGGAGCAGAUGAAGCAGGAGAAGGAGCAGGAGCAGGAACAGAAGGAAGGGCAGCAUCAGGAACAAAAGCAGCUGGAAGAGGAGCAGCAGCAGAAGCAGAAGCACAAGCGCCGAUACAGCCUGAAUGAUGGGGAGAACGUGAAGGGGCCAGGACUGGUCGGAGAGAGUGGGGAGGGCUACGAGGGGAGUAAGGGAGCAGAGGGAGAGGAGAGGGGUGAUGUAAGUAGAGAUGGGGUAGGAGGAGCUGAGGAGGAGACAAAAGCAGGGGUACCAGUCGCAACAGCGGCAGAAAUACCACCACCACCACCACCAGCAGCAGCAAUAGCUCGCACAAGAAAAGGGCCACCAAAGUCGGCUCCUCUAGUCCUUCCACCCGACCCUUCAGAGGGGCAUGCAGAGGGGCAUGCAGAGGGGCCAGAACCAUCACCCCACCUCGCAAGCCCAACCAACCUACUAGCCCAACAAACCCAACAAGCCCAACAAACUCAACUCACCUCCCCAUCCACUUCCACCCACGUGCCCACCCACACACACUCUCUCUCCCCAUCUCCGUCGCCCUCCCCGCGUUCUCGCAAGGCGCCAGGACCGGUGCAAACAACAGUGGAGGCGUGGGCGUGGCUGUUUGGUCGGGCGGUGUCGGCAGGGGGGAUGGUAGGGGCGGGAAUGCUGGGGAAGAAACAGGGGGGGCGCAAGGGGGGUGGUACAGGAGAAGGGGGAGAAGCGGAGGGGGAAGGGGCGGGGGAGGGUUCGGUGAAGAGUCGUGAGGGAGGGGGAGAGGUGAGGGUUGGAGGGGAGGGAGAGGAGGGAGGAGUAGAGGUAGGUUUGGAGCAGGGGAGAGAGAGUGUGGUAGAAGGUGUGGGUGCUGUAGGAAAGGGCGAAUUGAAUGGAGAAGAGGGGGUGGGGGAAGCAGGGGGGAGUGAUGGGGGGACUGUGGAACCAAGUAUGGUUGCCACAGCAACAGUUGCUUAG